GAGAGAGAGAGGGGGGGUUAGAGAGAGAGAGAGUUGGGCUGUCGAUCGAUCAUCUGAAGAGUCAAUCUUUGGAGUCUCGCAAAAACAAACCAUCGAAAGAGAGAAAAUCUCUGCCUCCAAACUAAAAACCCAUUUGGAAUUUUGUGUCAAAUCCCUCUUUCUCUCUCUACCUGCCACCGUCUGGUCGGCAACGAAGCUUCUGCUCUCUGCCCCCCCUCUCUCUCCUCUGUCAAACACUCUGUUUUCACUCGCUUUAUCUCUCUACCCUUAAAUCCCUUCACACCUCGCUUUGUGUGUAAUAUCAAAUUCAUCACAUUAAAUAUCACUCGUAGUGUUGAUUUUGUUUCUGCAACUGAAAAUGUUUUGAUUUCAAAUAUUUGUUGAUUCAGAGUCUUCCACUACCUAGAUCAGAGUGAGACUUCUAGAGAGAGAUUUGUGCUUUGAUUUAUGAUUAGAUGGAGUUCUAAUUCAUGGAGGCUCAAAUGUGAGAGAAAUUGUUCAGGGAUGUGUUUGGUUCGUGCUUAAUUUUGAUUUAGUAGUGUGUUGGGUCCGAAUAAGAGUUUGUGGCUUCACACUAUCAAGCGUAGCAAAGCAACUACUGAAUUCAGAAGGGAAAAAAGGAAUUAUAUGCUAUAAAGGGUUAGAUCACAAUGAUUACAGUUAUGAAUUCAGUGAAUAAACCAAUGAAUGAUUUGGAGAAGUGCUUGGAUUCCCAGUUGUGGCAUGCCUGUGCCGGAGGGAUGGUACAAAUGCCACCACUGAACUCAAAGGUCUAUUAUUUCCCUCAGGGCCAUGCAGAACAUGCCCAUGGCUUCAUUGAUUUCGGGAAUUUUUCGAAAAUUCCCGCAGUCAUGCUAUGCAGAGUAUCAACCAUUAAAUUUAUGGCCGAUACUGAGACCGAUGAGGUUUAUGCCAAGAUAAAAUUGGUUCCUUUGAGAAGUGAUGAUUGUGAUUUUGAUGAUGGGUUUUUGGGGAUUGAUAAGACUGAGAGUCCAGAGAAACCUGCUUCAUUUGCAAAGACAUUGACACAGUCUGAUGCGAAUAACGGUGGGGGUUUCUCUGUACCUCGGUACUGUGCUGAGACUAUCUUUCCGGGGUUGGAUUACACGGCAGAACCCCCGGUUCAGACCAUCCUUGCAAAGGAUGUGCAUGGUGAGGUUUGGAAAUUUAGGCAUAUUUAUAGAGGGACUCCACGCCGUCAUCUUUUGACAACGGGGUGGAGUAAUUUUGUGAACCAAAAGAAGCUUGUUGCAGGGGAUUCAAUUGUGUUCUUGAGAGCGGAUAACGGGGAUCUUUGUGUUGGAAUUCGGCGGGCAAAGAGGGGAAUUGGUGGUGGAACGGAGUCACCAUCUGGUUGGAACACCUUAGGUGGGAAUUGUGCCCCUACUUAUGGGGGGUAUUCCGCUUUAUUGAGAGAAGAUGAGAAUAAAUUUAUGCGGAAUGGUAAUGGAGGGAAUGCGAAUGGUAAUGGGGGUUUGAAGGGAAAGAUAAGAGUGAGGGCCGAAGCUGUUAUUGAAGCUGCAAGUCUUGCUGCCAACGGACAGCCCUUUGAGGUUGUUUACUAUCCGCGUGCAAGCACCCCUGAGUUUUGUGUGAAGGCUUCAUCUGUGAGAGCUGCAAUGCGGAACCAGUGGUUGCCUGGGAUGAGGUUCAAAAUGGCUUUUGAGACGGAGGAUUCGUCGCGGAUAAGCUGGUUCAUGGGUACCAUCUCUAAUGUGCAGGUUGACGACCCCAUCCGUUGGCCUAAUUCUCCAUGGCGUCUUCUCCAGGUAGCAUGGGAUGAGCCGGAUUUACUUCAAAAUGUGAAGCGAGUUAGCCCGUGGUUGGUUGAAUUGGUGUCAAACAUGCCCACCAUCCACCUCUCCCCCUUUUCACCUCCAAGAAAGAAAUUGCGGCUUCCACAACCUCCAGAUUUCCCCCUUGUCGGGCAAUUUCCAAUGCCACCAUUCCUCAGCAACCCCCUUAGGUCCAACAGUCCCUUGUGUUGUAUACCAGACAACAUUCCUGCAGGCAUACAGGGAGCCAGGCAUGCUCAAUUUGGACUACCUUCACCAGAUCUCCACUUCAACAAACUGCAGUCGGGUCUGUUUCCAGUCGGUUUUCAGCAACUUAAUCAUGCUGCCCCACCUUCUCGAAUCUCCAACGUCGGCUUCAGAGACAAUCCUGAAAGCAAAAAGAAUAUAUCUUGCUUGUUGACGAUUGGAAACUCUACCCAAAGUGAAAAGAAAAAUACUGAUAUCAAAGCACCUAUGUUCUUGCUGUUUGGUCAACCCAUUCUAACUGAGCAGCAGAUCUCUCAAAGCUGUUCUGAUACGGUCGGAAACAAUUCAUCAGACGGGAAUCCGGAGAAGACGGCAAAUAACUCCGAUGGCUCAGGAUCAGCAGUUCUGCAGACUAGUCCACCGGGGAACUCAUCAGAUGAAGGGAUUCCCUGGUACAAGGAUCACCAAAAAUCUGAGUUUGGCUCGGAGACUGGUCACUGCAAGGUGUUCAUGGAAUCGGAGGAUGUGGGUCGGACUCUUGACCUGUCAGUCCUCGUGUCAUAUGAAGAACUGUACAGCAAGCUGGCCAAAAUGUUCGAUGUAGAAAGAUCAGAGAUGUUGAGCAAUGUGCUCUAUCAGGACACAGCCGGUGUUGUUAAACACAUUGGAGAUGAACUCUUCAGCGAUUUCUCAAAGACGGCAAGAAGGCUCACAAUUCUAACGGAUUCAGGCAGUGACAACUUGGGACGGUAGAGCAAAACCGACUUUCCGUUUUCUUUUUCUCAAAUGUACAGUUGAAUCAUCAAGUGUUUCGUUUCAGUUGUUGAAUUUUGUUUUCCUUGAAUUUUGGGAGUUGUGGGAGAAGCCUGCUUCAUCCAAUUUUGGGAUGUUUAGCACAAUUAAUGUAGCUUUGCCCUUGAUUUGUCUUUUACAUGAAUCGUUUCUGAAUUGUUUGUUCAUCGCAUACUUUAUUCUGUAUAUUGUUGGUUUUAAUUC